AAAACAAAAAAAGUAAAUCGAUGAAUAACGCUUCGCGUGUAGGCGAGAGUAACCCACAUCAGGACAUGGCUGGUUUUGAUUUGCCAGUUGCUCGUCCGUUAUCAUCUCGUGGAAUGAUACACUAUGACUGUGAGCGCGAAUAUGCUCGGUAUCCUGAUGACGUUUUGGUUAAGAGUUAUGCUCAGUUCGGGCUUCAUCGGUACAAUUUGUUGGAGGGGACGGCGUGGAAGUUCUUUAGCUUAAAAAGUUUCAAUUUGAGAGCUAAUGGUGGUGCUGCACCUUACUACAUUACCUUGGUUGCAUGCGAUCCAACUUCUAAUGUACACCAAAUCUUUCAAACUUUAGUUUGUGAAGAAGAUCUUGGGGUUUUAGAUCUCUCUUGUGAUAUAGCUAGACCUCUAGGUUCAAACAAGGAGCCGCCUCCGCUUUGCCAGGCAAUCUACGAAGGUAGAUUGCCUCUGCCUCAGUGGCCAUCAGAAAUUACUGAUUCCCAACGUUUUUACUUGAUGAAUGCAUCUGAACUGCAAAACACUGAUUGGAUUCGUCUCUAUUUGAAUCUUGCACAUUGUACUUAUAAUAGGGAUAUGACUGAGCACCAACUCUCCAAAUUCGAUAUUGUGGAAGUGGCCAUUGAAUCUCUCACUGAUAUGGAGCGGCCGAGACUCGACUCCACAAAUGUUAUUAUUUACAUUGCUUAUAAAGACUUGGCCAAAGCUCAGUUUGGUAAGCCUUGUGAUCGCAAAGUCAUCAUUAGACGCGUCUUCAACGAGUCUUCGAGAUCAUUGAGUCUCCAAGGUAAGCAUUGGAGACUCUCUGAGAAGAAGAAGAAGAAGAAGAAGAAGAGAUAUGCAAUGCUUAAGCGCCGUUUAGGUGUUUACCAAACCUGGCGUUUGCGGCUCCAUACAUACAACAAAUGUGGAUUCCGCUCUUCGCACUCCCGUUGAUGUCAUUUUCUGCUUUUUUGUGUGUUAUGUGGAUUUGUCUAAAAUUUGCUUUUAUAAGUGUACUGUUAUUAAAAAUGCAACCAAAUUAGUUUCAGUACUUAUGUUUGAAUUAUUUACAGAAAAGUUGAUUUUGUUAUGCAUUCAUCAAAUUUUGUCAUUGUAUGUUUGCAAUUUUGAGAAGACAUUAAU